CCGACCGAGCAAACAAACGAACAUCCCUUCCUCACUCUCACCAACGGAAUCCCGAGAAUGCCCCUGGACCCCGACAAUUCGCCGCCGCCGCCGCCGCCGCACCGUGACUGGUUCUUCCCGCCGGCGCCGCCAUUCCUCCCGUCCUCCUCCUCCCGGACCCUCGCGCACAGGGCCCCCUUCCCCACCACCUCCCGCUCCUACAAGCCCUACUCCCUCGCCGACCGUCGCCCGCCCCCGACCCCUCGCUCCCGCUCCCGCUCCCCGCACCCCUCGCCGGAGCAGCCCUCCCCGCCGCCCCCGUCCGCGCCGCGACGCCGAAACCCACGGUACGCUGGCGUCCGCCCCGGGGAUGCACGGACGCCCUCCACCGCCGCGCCGCCCGCGGCUGCCCCGCUGGUGCCCGAGAGGAAAUCGCCGCCGGCGUCGGCGCCCACCCUCCGGUGGUCGGGCCUGGUCUCCGCGGCGGCCAUUUUGCUCUGCUUCGGCUCCCUCCUCCGCAAGAACUUCUCCCUGCACGACCAGGUCCACCAUCUGCGGGGACAGCUCGCCGCGGCCACCGCGAAGCUGCAGUCAUGCAUCGUCGUCAUGGACUCCUCGCUGGACAUGAGCAGCAUGUUCUCGCACCAGAGCGACUCCUCCUCCGUGCCGAGCAGGAGCCUGAAGAACCUCUCCCUGCUGCUCUCGCUCUCUGCCCUGUACGCGCCGAUCGUGGUCCUCAAGUACAUAGACCUCCUGUCCAAGCUGAGGAGGCCGCAGGACUCCGAAGAGGUUGCCAUCAACAAGCGGCUGGCGUACAGGGUCGAUAUAUUCCUGUCGCUCCACCCGUACGCUAAGCCCCUGGUUCUUCUCGUCGCUACGCUGUUGCUUAUUGGCCUCGGUGGACUGGCUCUUUACGGUGUCACGGAAGAUAGCUUGUCGGAUUGCCUCUGGUUGUCGUGGACCUUUGUCGCCGACGCGGGCAACCAUGCGAAUGCGGAGGGGUUUGGACCCAAGUUGGUCUCGGUUUCCAUCAGUAUUGGUGGGAUGUUGAUCUUUGCCAUGAUGCUUGGGCUUGUGACCGAUUCCAUCUCGGAGAAGUUUGACUCUUUGAGGAAGGGAAGGAGCGAGGUCAUAGAGCAGAGCCAUACCCUGAUCCUUGGGUGGAGCGACAAGCUGGGAUCUUUACUGAACCAAAUUUCUAUUGCUAAUGAAAGUUUGGGAGGAGGGACUAUUGUAGUGAUGGCCGAGAGAGACAAAGAGGAAAUGGAAGCAGAUAUUGCUAAAAUGGAGUUUGACUUGAAAGGAACAGCUGUAAUAUGCCGAAGUGGAAGCCCUCUGAUUCUGGCUGACUUAAAAAAGGUCUCAGUUUCUAAGGCGCGUGCAAUUGUGGUUUUAGCUGUAGAAGGAAAUGCUGACCAGAGUGAUGCCCGAGCACUGCGAAUAGUCUUGAGUUUAACUGGAGUUAAAGAAGGACUAAGAGGUCACAUUGUCGUUGAGCUUAGUGAUCUUGACAAUGAAGUUCUAGUUAAACUUGUUGGUGGAGACCUUGUGGAAACUGUUGUCGCACAUGAUGUGAUAGGUCGGUUGAUGAUACAAUGUGCGCGUCAGCCGGGCCUUGCUCAGAUAUGGGAAGAUAUCCUUGGUUUCGAGAACUGUGAGUUCUACAUUAAAAGAUGGCCUCAGUUGGUCGGAAUGCAAUUUGAAGAUGUGCUGAUUAGCUUUCCUGAUGCUGUUCCAUGUGGAGUAAAGAUGGCAGCUUACGGGGGCAAAAUUAUUUUAAAUCCUGAUGAUUGUUAUGUCAUGCAAGAAGGUGAUGAGGUGAUAGUAAUUGCAGAAGACGAUGAUACGUAUGCUCCGGCACCAUUACCCAAGGUUAAAGAAGCUGUUUACAUAGACAUUGUUCGCCAUGAAAGAUACCCUCAGAAGAUUCUUCUUUGUGGAAUGCGACGGGAUAUAGAUGAUAUGAUUGUGUCUCCAGAAAGAAUAUUAUUUUGUGGUUGGCGACGUGAUAUGGAAGAUAUGAUAAUGGUACUGGAUGCUUUCCUAGCCCCAGGGUCAGAGUUGUGGAUGUUCAAUGAUGUCCCUGAAAUAGACCGAGAAAAAAAGCUAAUUGAAGGAGGUCUGGACUUCAGUCGUCUAGAAAAUAUUACGUUGGUUCAUCGUGAAGGAAAUGCUGUCAUUCGCCGUCACUUGGAGAGCCUCCCUUUAGAAUCGUUUGAUUCUAUAUUGAUUUUGGCAGAUGAAUCUGUGGAAGAUUCAGCAAUACAAGCUGAUUCGAGGUCUCUUGCAACGCUAUUGCUGAUCAGAGAUAUUCAGGCAAAACGACUUCCAUACAAGGAAGCUUUCCGAGGAGAAAGCUUCUCAGAAGGUUCUUGGAUGGGGGAGAUGCUACAAGCAUCUGAUAAAUCUGUCAUAAUCAGUGAGAUACUGGACCCUAGGACAAAAAAUUUACUAGCCAUGUCAAAGAUCAGCGACUAUGUUCUUUCAAAUGAACUUGUGAGCAUGGCAUUGGCGAUGGUUGCAGAAGAUCGGCAAAUAAAUUAUGUCUUAGAGGAGCUCUUUGCUGAAGAGGGGAAUGAACUGCAAAUACGACAAUCUGUGCUGUACCUCCGAGAAGACGAGGAGCUGAAUUUCUUUGAGGUGAUGCUACGAGCAAGGCAGAGGAAAGAGGUUGUCAUCGGGUAUCGUCUCGAUGAUGCCGAGCGUGCCAUAAUCAACCCACCGGACAAAGUCUCGAGGCGGAGGUGGUCACGUAAGGAUGUUUUUGUUGCCAUAGCUGAGAAAGAAUGACGGAUGAUCAUAGAUUACAUGAAAAUACACUCCUGACCGACAGUAGCAGCAGACUGCUGUGGGGUGCCACCACGUACGUCUGCAAUAAGAAGAAGCACUAAGCGUGAGGGAGCAAAGUAUGAAGCAGAUAGUAGGAUCAAUCGAGGGUCUAGAUACACCACCAGGCUACCUUCGACAUAGGUUCAGUUUACUGUAUAUUCUGUCUGAGAAACUUCUGGCAGCCCCAGUGGAGGCUAUAUAGAGAUCAACCUCCCUUGGGGGUCUAGGGUCUUUAGGCUGUUGUACAGGCAGGCUAUAGUGUUCAUUAAACGGAGCAGCUGUAAUACCAAGUGUAACUAUUCCUUUUUUGCAAAUUGGAAGUGUACAUGUGAGAAACAAGAAGCUUUUGUAAUCUGGAAGAUGCAUUCUUUUUUUAAGAAACUUUUUUUCAUUAA